AUGGCACGGCUGGUCUCGUUUGUUUUGCUUAUAGCUAUCUUCCAGAAUGUGGCAUCUCACCCAGUAUUCUCAGGGAGGGUUCUGGAGAGGUCCACGGAUCUGUUACCAACUUAUGAUUAUGUGAUUGUAGGAGGAGGAACAAGUGGACUCGUUGUUGCAAACCGAUUAUCCGAGAAUCAAAAUACCACCGUUCUAGUAAUCGAAGCAGGGUCCGGUCCCCGCAACACAAUCUACGACUACAACACGACUUCAACUCCCCAACCCCACCUCCACAAUCGAACACUCCCCCUUUCCGCCGGAAAAGUAAUCGGAGGUUCAUCCGCCAUAAACGGCAUGGUAUACAUGCGCGGCAACGCUGCCGAAUAUAACCACUGGGAAGCCCUCGGGAACCCUGGGUGGAAUUGGGAGGGCUUACUACCUUAUUUCAAGAAAAGCGAAAAUUAUACGCCUGCCAAUCAGGAAGAAGUGGAAGAAUGGGGUAUCGGGUAUGAUGAACAUGUACAUGGAGAGGGAGGUUUCGUGCAGAAUGGAUUUCCAAGAUUUGUGUGGCCGAGCACUAAAAAUUUCCUCUCCGCGUUCCUCUCACUUGGCAUCACCUAUAUCCAAGACUCCCUCUCAGGCCUUAACACCGGCGUAUUCUUCUUCCUGCUAUCCAUCACCCCCUCCUCCCAACAACGAAGUACAUCUCAAUCAUUCCUACCUCCCAAUUCUCAUCUUGCUAUUCGUCCCAAUUUACAUAUCCUCACAUCUCACACUGUGACACAAAUAUUAUUCUCUUCUCCUCCCUCUCAUUCCCAUUCCCAUUCCCAUUCUUCAUCUGUAUCUGCAUCUGCACCUCCACCUCCUCCAAAUUCCACAACAACAUCAAAACCCAAACCCAGAGCCACAGCCGUCGAAUACGCCUCCGGAGAAAACACCACGCGACACACAAUCCACGCACGCCACGAAAUUAUACUAACAGCCGGCGCGCAACGAACACCACAAUUACUGUUGAUAUCCGGAAUUGGACGCCGAGACGUAUUGGAAGAAUUAGGAAUUGAAGUUGUGGUUGAGAGUGAGGGCGUGGGUGAAAAUUAUCAAGAUCAUUUAUUAUUUGUUACUUCCAAUCCUGCUCCGAAUAUAGAGGUGCAGUAUGGAAAUUUGAGUACGAAUGCUACGUGGGCAGCGGAGAUGCGGAAACUAUAUGAUGAGAAGAGGGAAGGACCCUUUACAACCACCUCUGCAAAUAUAUUCUCCUUCCUCCCCCUCGCCACCAUCAUAAACAGCACAUCACUCACCCCCCUACAUAACACUCUCCAACCCCACCCCAUCAACCUCACCCAAUACCACCUCCCCUCAACCCCACCCACCGUCCUCACCGGCUACACACACCAACACCAAAUCCUAACCUGGAAUCUGCUCUCCCCAAACACAUCACACAUCGAGCUCAUCAUCGGCGACACCAUCAUCGCCCCCGCCCUGCAACUACCCUUUUCGCGCGGCCGCGUCACCAUCUCCACCCGUUCAUCCUUUUCACCUCCUCUCUUACACCCCAACUACCUUUCUCAUCCGCAGGAUCUCCUCCAAUUAACCCUCGCAUUCAAUUACACGCGCGUCCUACGCCAUAUCCCCUCCCUCACAGCCGCAUUCCCCCCAGAAUCCUAUCCCGGUCCGAAUAUUACGUCACAGAUGCAGAUUGAGGAAUUUCUACGCGAGACGGUCGUGAGUGAGAAUCAUCAUGUGGGGACGGCGUCGAUGAUGCCGAGGGAAUGGGGGGGAGUGGUGGAUGAGAGGUUGAGGGUUUAUGGGGUGCAGGGAGUGAGAGUGCUGGAUGCGAGCGUGGUUCCGAUGUUGGUGGCGGCGCAUAUGCAGGCGACGGUUUAUGGGGUUGCGGAGAAGGGGGCGGCGAUGAUUUUGGAGGAUGCUUGUGGGGUGUGGGGGUGUUGA